AAAUCCUCCGGAGCCUCGCCCACCGAGAGCGCCUCGGGCGGCCCACGGGUUCCCUGGCUGCAGACCGCUUGCUGGGCGCUUUGUGCGGUUCUGGUCACUCCGAGCGGACCCAGAAAACCUGAAAGGCCAUGAUGGCUACGAAGCCCAAACUCCACUAUCCAAAUGGACGAGGCCGCAUGGAAUCCGUGCGAUGGGUUUUAGCUGCCGCUGGAGUCGAGUUUGAUGAAGACUUUUUAGAAACAAAAGAACAGUUGCAGAAGUUGCAGGAUGGUAACCACCUGCUGUUCCAACAAGUGCCAAUGGUUGAAAUUGAUGGGAUGAAGCUAGUGCAGACCCGGAGCAUCCUCCACUAUAUAGCAGAAAAGCACCAUCUCUUCGGCAAAGAUCUCAAGGAGAGAACCCUGAUUGACAUGUAUGUGGAGGGGACCCUGGAUCUUCUGGAACUGAUUAUCAUGCAUCCUUUCCUCAAACCAGAUGAUCAGCAAAAGGAAGUGGUGAACAUGGCCCAGAAGGCCAUAAUCAGAUACUUUCCUGUGUUCGAAAAGGUUUUACGGGGUCAUGGACAAAGGUUUCUUGUUGGUAAUCAGCUGAGCCUUGCAGACAUAAUUCUACUCCAGACCAUUUUGGCUCUAGAAGAGAAAAUUCCUAAUAUCCUGUCUGCCUUUCCUCACCUCCAGGAGUUCACAGUGAAAAUAAGUAAUAUCCCUACAAUUAAGAAAUUCCUUGAACCUGGCAGCAAGAGGAAGCCUCCCCCGGAUGACAUCUACGUGAGAACCGUGUACAACAUCUUCAUGCCGUAGGACAGCAGCACGGCCGAGGAGUUAGCACUGUCCGUCACUCUGCAGAAUGAAGACCUCUGAGCGCUCCGAGCCUGGAACACUCCUGGACUCUGCCCUGUGCAUCUCUUCCCUGGGCCGAUUUCUAUCUGUAUCCUCUCCGUGUAAUAAACCGAAGCUGUGAGUAGGACCGUUUUCUGUGAGUUCUGCGAGUACUUCCAGCAGAUUACCAGACCUGAGGGUGUUUGGGGGACACUCCCUGAACCUGCAGUUGGUUUCUGAGCGAGGGCGGGCUUUUGGAUUACUCCUUCCAACUCUUCAGGGAGGGGAAAUGCUUUACACGCAUUUGGAGAUUAAUUUACACGUGGGAACCAGACAUUGACGUGAUUACACCGAGGGGUCUCUAUCAUUGAGUUUUAUGGGACGGCAGGAAAUUUGAGCUAAGACCGUUUGGGCGGGAUUUUACUACCCAGGGCCACUGCCUGAUACUAUUACUCAAGGGCCUGCUGUGUAGACUGUAAGCCGUAGUGCAAACAGUGCUUUGGGAGUUUUAAUUCUCUUAGACACAAGAGGGCCCUCAAGGCUGGCUCUUUGAGAAAACAACCAGGGAGGAAGUUGGCUUCUGCACUGAAUUGGAGGAUUAGAGAAAAUAAAUAGGACAGGCCAAGCUGCUUCCUCUGAAGACAGGUUCCCACGUCUUUCUGCUCACGGUCACCUGACCUUAAAUUGCGCAGUUCACUUCCCACGUUGGAAACAAUCUCCCCUUCCCCAUCCUGCACAGGUGGAGUCCCCCAGCUUUUGGGUCCAGACCCUUUAGUCUCAACACCCUCCACCCUCCCAUCUUCACGAGCCACCGGACUCCGGUGAAAGAGCAGGCGGUCAGGCAGCGGAUGGUUGUCCUCAAAGACGUCAGUGUGUUGAGCGUUCAGGAAUGAACUAGGUAGGACCCGUGAGGCCGGGAGCCGGAGCAGAGGGCACCCACGAGGCUCACCGGCUAGACACCACAGCAGCUGAGCCAACGGGGUAGAAGUGCACGCCUUCGUGGGUCCUCCAGUGUCUGCGACAAAAGGGGGAGCUGGAUGGGUGUGGGGCUCUGGUGUCUGACAGAGGAGGACCUGCAGCGCCUAAUGAGCCUGGGACCCAGCCUAAGCCACUCAGAGGGGCUUUGGCGGACUGGGUGCCUGAGGGAACGCCUGACGCUCUGGACCAGGUGCCUGGGGGACGGGGCGAUGCAUGGAGGUGCCAGGCUCCUGGGGACGGGUCAGCAGAAGGGGGAUUCUAGGGGGCAGUGUCUGCGGCAAACAGCCGCCAGCCCCAGCUGUCAUACCUGCUCAUGUUCCCUCUUUCCAGAAGAUUCCAUGGUGGGCUCCUUGCUCUAUUAGGCGCCAACAUCCCCACCUAAGGGAACCCUCUGAUCACGAACUCUGUAGCUCACCCCACACACUCCAUACCUCUUUUUCACCACCCUAUUUUAUUUUCUUCAGAGCACUCGACACCCCCCGGCAAUCUUCUCUGUUUAAUCAAUCUGUGUCUUUAUAUUUAAAGUGGGUUUCUUAUGGAAAACAUAGAAUUGGGUCUUAAGCCACUCACAAUAGCCUCUGUCUUAAAAUUGGUGCAUUUAAGACAUUCACAUUUAAAAUGAUUAUCGAUGUAGUUGCAUUAAUCUCUACCAUGUUUGUGGCCGUUUUCUACUUGUUGCCCUGGUUCUUUGUUUCUCCCCCCACCUUUUUUUUGUCUUCCACUCUUUUUCUGCCUUCUCUGGUUUUAUUUUAUUUUAUUAUUAUUUAUUUAUUUAUUUUCACACACACUGUAUUUUAUUUUUUCAAGAGAUAAAUAAACUGACACCAAGCAUUGUAAAUGGAUGACCACAACAAAAGCAACAAUGAUUGCAGUUACCAAACACGAAACACACUCACACUGUCAUAAUAUUGACAUUCAGUCCAGUAAUCCCCCACGGUAACAGCUCCUUUACUUUGCAGUGCUUCUCUGGUUUUAAUUGAGCAUUUUAUAUGAUUCCAUUUUCUCUCCUCUCUUAGCAUGUCAAUUAUAGUUGUUGUUUUUUUUGUUUUUAAGUUUUAGUGGUUGUUCUAAAGUUUCCAAUAUGUUUAUGCAACUACACUAAGACCACUUUGAAAUAACACUAUACCACUUCACGGGUAGUGCGGGUACCUUAUAACUAUAUUCCCAAUUCCUCCCUCCUACCACUUAUAACACUACUGUCGUAGAUCUCAUUUAUUCAUAAGCUAUAAUCAUGUGAUAUAUUGUUACCAUUAUUAUUUUGAAUACACUGCAUUUAUUUGUUUAUAUAUUUAUACUGCCUAUCUUCCCCAACUAGAAUGUAAGCACCACCGAUGACACUGGGUCUGUCAUGCCUACCAUUGUAGACCCAGGGCCUAAAACGGUACCUGGCACAGAGUGGUACUUAGUAAAUAUUUGUUGAAUGAGCUAGUGGAAUCUUACUUUCUUCUUACUUGAGUAUCCUGAUGCUCUAUCAAAUACCCAAACAAGGGAUGUAAAGUGAAGCCCCAGAGGUGUGUACAAACUGGAAUGCUCAUUGGCCAAUCCCUUGAGGGGGUGGAGAUUUCAAUUAGAAUGGAAAGGGUUAUAAACCCUCACUUAAUCCACCCACAGCACCCCAAGACAAGAGCCAGGAAAAGCUAAGGUUAGUGGUGAUGUUCUUAUCCACUCUUUUUGGCCUUGGUUGGACAGUUUUCAUGGCCAAAUUUGCAACUUGUAGUUAGCGGUUGUUUUAACUUUAUGGUUAACUUAAUGACUAUUAUUUCUAAACUUGUCUAUAUUAAAUAAAAGGCAGAGAUAUUUUUUUCUUUCGAGUCGAUACAUAAAUGAAAACGAGAUGCAAAUGUACAUCUAGACAAAACCUUUGAAGACUUUCAUUGCUUGUGCAUGAAAUGUGCAUAAUAUCAUACAUUAAAAUGCCCCCCACACUGUGUCGCACGUUAAAUGUAAUUUUAGAACUAAGUAUGUAAGAGUCAGGUGGUGCUUCAGUUGAUAACACGCUUGGUAGAACUUAAGCAUUUAUUAAUUCUUGAGCCAUUACAUUUUUUUCCUCCUCUGCCAAAUCUCAUGUUUUUGGACACAGUUGGAAAGAACACAGGCAUCACCCACUCUGUGCCAGGUGCCUAACGGGUAAACUCAACCUCCUGCCUUCGUCGGAUGCUUGGAAGAUUCCGUCCAAAUGAUGUGACACUGGGGUCUUCCUCUGGGGUCCUGCCUCCCCAGGGGAUGGCACCAACUUGAAAGCAGGAGUAUCUAAGUCAAGUCCAGGCACAAAUUUUUCUAGGACUUGCUCCAGUCUUGAAACAGCAGUGGGCCAUGCAGUGGUUCACUUUGUUUAUUCUCCAAGCAACCUGGGGUGAAGUCUCCUUCUCGGCUCAGCUGUAUUUUUCAUUUAAGUAAGUUUGUUAGCCUUGGGGAGAUGUCAAUAUGAAUCAAUCCAUUAGACCCUAACGGAAAGGAAAUUUCAUUUCUAUAACUGAAAUAUAGGGCUCUCCACAGAAGAGGCUUAUUAGCAUGUGAGCUUGGAACAGAACUACCUCCCUAACCAUCCUAUUACGUAAGUAACCCCUACUCCCUCCCCACCCUGGAAUAGGGUUCAGUUGUUUGUGUCUUAAAAAUAACAUGUAAACACUUGAGCUCUUUUUCCCGGGGGGCUAGUUCCCUGUAGGAUACUUUCCCUUUGGUAGCAUGUCAAAUCCAACUAAUUAAUAUGUCAAAUCCAACCAAAUAAGUAUUUUGCUAAUAUGUCAUAAAUAGAAAAAUAGAAGAGAAAUCAUUCAUAAUCAAUUAAAUGUGGCCUUUCAUCAGUAUCUUAUAGUUUUCUGCAUACAGGCCUUUUGCCUCCUUAUGUAGGUUUAUUCCUAGGUGUUUUAUUCUUUUUGUUGCAAUGGUAAAUGGGAGUGUUUCCUUAAUUUCUCUUUCUGAUCUUUCGUUGUUAGUGUAUAGGAAUGCAAGAGAUAUCUGUGUAUUAAUUUUGUAUCCUGUGACUUUACUAAAUUCACUGAUUAGCUCUAGUAGUUUUCUGAUGGCAUCUUUAGGAUUUUCUAUGUAUAGUAUUAUGUCAUCUGCAAACAGUGACAGUUUUACCUCUUCUUUUCCAAUUUGGAUUCCUUCUAUUUCUUUUUCUUCUCUGAUUGCCAUGGCUAGGACUUCCAAAACUGUGUUGAAUAAUAGUGGUGAGAGUGGACAUCCUUGUCUUUUUCCUGAUCCUAGAGGAAAUGCUUUCAGUUUUUCACCAUUGAGAAUAAUGUUUGCUGUGGGUUUGUUAUAUAUAAAACAAACAAACAACAACAAAAAAAAACCCAAUCAAAAAUGGGCAGAAGACCUAAAUAGACAUUCUCCAAAGAAGACAUGCAGAUGGCCAACACACACAUGUAAAACUGCUCAACAUCACUAAUUAUUAGAGAAAUACAAAUCAAAACUACAAUGAGGUAUCACCUCACACUGGUCAGAAUGGCCAUCAUCAAAAAACCUACAAACAAUAAAUGCUGGAGAGGGUGUGGAGAAAGGGGAACCCUCAUGCAUUGUUGGUGGGCAUGUAAAUUGAUACAGCCACUAUGGAGAACAGUAUGGAGGGUCCUUAAAAAACUAAAAAUAGAACUACCAUACGACCCAGCAAUCCCACUACUGGGCAUAUAAGCAGAGAAAACCAUAAUUCAAAAAGACACAUGCACCCCAAUGUUCAUUGCAGCACUAUUUACAAUAGUCAGGACAUGGAAGCAACCUAAGUGUCCAUCAACAGAGGAAUGGAUAAAGAAGAUGUGGUACAUAUAUACGCUGGAAUAUUACUCAGCCGUAAAAAGGAACGAAAAUGGGUCAUCUGUAGAGAUGUGGAUGGACCUAGAGACUGUCAUAACAGAGUGAAAUAAGAAAGAGAAAAAUAAAUAUUGUAUGUUAAUGCAUAUAUGUGGAAUCUAGAAAAAUGGUAUAGAUGAUCUUAUUUGCAGAGCCGAAAUAGAGACACAGACCUAGUGAACAAUUAUAUGGAUACCAAGGGGGAAAGGUGGGGGUGGGAGGAAUUGGGAGAUUGGGAUUGACAUAUAUACACUAUUGAUACUAUGUAUAAGAUAUAUAACUAACGAGAACCUACUGUAUAGCACAGGGAACUCUACUCAGUGUUCUGUAGUGACUUAAAUGGGAAAGAAAUCAAAAAAAGAGGGGAUAUAUGUAUAGGUAUAGCUGAUUCAUUUUGCUGUACAGUAGAAACUAACACAACAAUGUAAAGCAACAAUAUUCCACUAAAAAUUAAUUUUUAAAAAAUGAGCUGUAAUGUUAAAGCUAUACUGAAAGUCUUGGUUGUGCUGUUAAUAUUGUUCUUUCAACUUUAACAUAUUCUUUCUCUGAAACAUUAUACACUUAAAGCUAGAAUAAUGCUACCUCUUUCCAAACUGGCAUAUUUAAAUUCUGUGGGGAAUACAGGAUUCUCUCGGAGCAUUUUUUGUCUUGGUGACGGAUUUUGAUCUUGCUGGUUGUUACGAAGCUAGGCAGUUCUUAUCCAUUGGAGAAGCCAGAGUAAAUGUCAAGGAUAUUUCUAGUGAUAAUAGAUUUAGAAUUGGCAUCUUGCACAACAUUGUAAAGCAAUUUGACUCCAAUAAAAAAAAAAGAAGAAGAAUUGGCGUCUUGUAUUUUGGCCCCAAGCAUCUGCUAAAACUGGCAACUUCUUAAGUUAAUCCCUUAAAACUUCCGUUAUCUAGAAAAUUCAAUAAAAGCCUGCUUUUUACCUAACUGAAAUUAAGAAAAAUGUGCAUUGUUUUGCCUAAAUUAUCCAGAAUGACUGUUAACAUUAUCAGUAGAAUUUCACCCCAGAAGACUGGCUGAUUUCCCAACGUGUGUGUUCAGCAGAUAGGAGCACAGGGCGAAUGAAUACAAGGGAAGAGAAAUAAGACCAGAAAGAUUGUUAAAACUGGAGGAGACGAAGAUGAUCUAAUUCUGAACCAACUCCUCAUUUUAGAGUUGAGGAAACUGACAUCUCUUCCAGACCUGCCCAAGGCUGGAACCUACACACCUGGUACUUGGUUAAACCUGGGGAUUGGAGGAGGCCUCGCAUCUUAGGAAUUCUUCUUUUAAAGGGGGUCAAUAUAAAUGAUCCAACAUCGGAAACGUACUUAUAAUUCUCCCUCAUUCCUCUCCCCUUCCCUUUCUCUGUUCUUAGCCUCAUACACUCCUGCACAUCACAAUUUGCUCAGCCUGCUUUUUUUUUUAGUUAUUUUAUUUUUUGGCUGUGUUGGGUCUUCGUUGCUGUGCGAGGGCUCUCUGUAGUUGUGGUGAGUAGGGACUACUCUUCGUUGCAGUGCGCAGGCUUCUUAUCGCGGUGGCUUCUCUUGUUGCCGAGCAUGGGCUCUAGGUUGCACGGGCUUCAGUAGUUGUGGCACGUGGGCCCAGUUGCUCCGCGGCAUGUGGGAUCUUCCCGGACCAGGGCUCGAACCCGUGUCCCCUACAUUGGCAGGCGGAUUCUUAACCACCGCACCACCAGGGAAGUCCAUCAGCCUGCUUUUUAAACAUCAGAUUCUGCACUUCGUGCCUGCCCAGCAGACCCUGGGAGGACCUGGGGCCACACACUGAGCCCCAGGUGUAGUUUAGUUGGGUUCUCACUCUAGACCUGGUUUCUCAAACUCGAUUUUAGUUACAGGCACACCUUGUUUUAUUGUGCUCCGCAUAUACUGCGCUGUUUACAAAUGGAUGUUUUGAGACAACACUGCUUCAAGCAAGUUUCUCAGCAUCAUUUUUCCAAUCAGCAUAUGCUCACUUUGUGUCUCUGUGCUGCAUUUUGGUAAUUCUUGGGGUAUUUCGAAACUUUUCAUUAUUAUUCUAUUUGUUAUGGUGAUCAGUGAUCUUUGACGUUACUACUGCAAGAAGAUUAUGACUUGCUGAAGGUUCAGGUGAUGGCCAGAAUUUUUUUUUAGCAAUAGUGUUUUCUAAUUAAUAUAUGUACAUUGUUUUUUUAGACAUAAUGCUAUUUCACACUUAAUAGACUACAGUAUAGUAUGAACAUAACUUUUACAGGCACUGGGAAACCAAAAAAAUGUCAAGUGACUCGCUUUAUUGCAGUAUUCGCUUUAUGGCUGUGUUCUGGAACUGAACCCACAAUUUCUCUGAGAUUUGCCUGUGUACAAGUGAAUCACCUGGGGAGCUUGUGAAAAAUGCAGACUCUGAUUCAGUAGAUCUGGCCCAGGGACUGAGAUUCUACACUUCUAACAAGUUCCCAGGUACAGCUGGUGCUGCUGGUCCAAAAUCACACUUCUAGAGAAUGCCUUCCGCUCCUUUUUGAAGCAAAAUUGACUUUUUUCUCACAUGUGACUAUUGCUGCAAUCUGGAGAUACAGAUACGUGAGUGUGUGUUUGUGUGUUUGUGUGUGUGUGUGUGUGUGUGUGCGCGCGCGCGUGCCAUUUUUUGAUUCCUUACUAUGUUCAGCAAUUUGCACACAUCACAUUUCCAUCACUAAACAAAUGAAUUAGGAACUAUGAGGAAACUGAGGCUGAGAGAGGUUAAAAAAACUUGCUCAAAUGAGAGGGAGAGCUGAAAUUUGGAUGUAGGUCUUUGAUUUUCCUGCUACCCAGAGCCUAACUCAGAUACGUGUUCUUCCACAUUUUCUAAAAGAUAUUUAAAAUUUUUUAUUUUAUCUGCUCACAUUUUUGCCCACUGGUUUUUUUUUUUUUUUUUUGGCCCACUGUUUUAAUUGUUGAUUUUUGUUUUUAUUAUUGAUAUAUAAGAGUUCUUCAUAUAUUCUGGAUGAGUCCCUUUAUCAGAUAUGCUUUACAAAUAAUUUCUCCCAAUAUUUGGCUUGCCUUUUCUUUUUCUUAAAAAUGCCUUUUAAGGAACAAAGUUUUAAAUACUGAUAAGUGCAUUUUUCAAAGUUGUGGCUUAUGCUUUCUAUUUUUUAUCAAAUAAAUCAUUGCUUGCUUUAUGGUCACAAAAAAAAAAAGGAAAAGAAAGAAAAAAGAUUUAGGGCAUGUUUGUUACCCAAGGACCACACUCCCACAAUCCAAGGGUUUUCAUGCCAUUAUGGCUGCUUUCUGUCCACCUUGCCUUGGGCACCUGGGGCUCUGGGUGGGGCCAUGCAUACCCCUGCUCAUCUCAGGUAAAGCUGCACCCAGGUGAAGUUCGACAGCCUUCAGAGGUGGGGUCUCAUUUUCCAAGGUCUAAAGUUUCAUGCGCGGAGCCUACUUGGAGAACCAGGUGUGUUUAAUUCAGGACAAACCUGUCUGUCAAGGUCAGUACAAAAAGCAGAGUUGAAGAGGUGGGCGUGAGUUUAGACUCAGCUUGACCCCCUGGGUUCUGGUUCUUCUAGCAGCUGUGUUCUCAGAGUGUUUGCCUUUUGGGUGAAAUCCAGAAAAAACUCCUUUGUUCCCGGCUCUUCGUUUCCCACGGGCAGAAUGAAUAUUUCCGUUGCACCUGUUCUUUUAAGCUUUGACAAUGUACUUUUUUUAACAGUGAGAACUGGGUUUACUUUUUGAAGCAUAAACUUGGUCCUCUGUAUUACCAAGCUGUGGUUUAUCCUAAUCUUUGUUUAAAUUCAUUAGAGGUCAAGGAAAAAGGACUAAAGGACUUGGUUUAGGCCCUUAACCUAUUAUGCCAUGGGGCAGGGAAGGGAGGGGCUGAAAUAACCAAACAUAUUUAUAUAUAUCUAUUCUGUAAUACAUACCUAUUCCUGUAAUACUAUAUUAUGCUUUUAUUAAACACUUAUUUCAUUCUGA